AUGAUUCCCCUUCGCCGAAAAUCACGUCGAUGGAUCCCGUUCGCUGCACCGAUUCUCGGCCUCUUGGUCGUGCUGCAACUGCUAAGGGGCCCGCAAUGGCCCAUGCUCGCGACGUCGAGGAGCAAUGCCGGUAGCGCCAGCGACAGCAUCAGGAGCAGCAACGCGGCCACCACCACCAAAACCCCUCUUCAAAAGCCUCUGCAGUUCCUGUGUCCGCCGCUCCCCGGGAUCGAAGACGUCCUCGUUGUGCUCAAAACCGGCGUUACGGAGGCGCUCGACAAGGUGCCUGUCCAUGCCAGAACGACAUUCCGCUGCGUGCCAAACUAUUUGGUCGUUUCGGACUUCGACGAAACCAUCGAAGGGGUGCAGCUGCACGACGUCCUGACCAAUGUGCAGCAGGACGUUAAAUCGAAUAUUGAAGAUUUCAAUCUGUACAACCGACUAAAGAUCUACGGGCGCCAAGGCCUGGUGGAUGACGAUGCCACGGAAGAGGAAAAUGGCGUCUUUGGAAUGCCCAACAACCCAGGAUGGAAACUCGACAAAUGGAAAUUCCUGCCCAUGAUCGAUGCGGCCCUUAAUGCGAAGCCCGAUGCGAAAUGGUAUGUCUUUAUGGAAGCCGACACACACAUUGUCUGGGCAAACUUGGUGGCCUGGCUGGCUCAGCUGGAUUCGAAGGAGCCACAUUAUCUAGGCACCGAGACGCAGAUUGGGGACGUCUUGUUCGCCCAUGGCGGGUCUGGGUUUAUUUUGUCGCAAAAAGCGAUGCGAUUGGCGUCCAAACAACGCCGCAAGCUUGUCAACGACUACGACGAGUAUACCGACCAAGAAUGGGCAGGUGACAUGGUGCUGGGCAAGGUACUCCAUGACGCCGGUGUGGAUUUGACAUUCACCUGGCCGCUAUUACAAAACGCGCGCUUGGGAGAAAUCGAGCCCCUUACAAACAGUUUCUACCGCCAACCGUGGUGUUGGCCUGUGGUCGGAUUCCACCAUCUCAGUCCGGAGGACGUGGAGGAUAUGUGGAAAUUUGACCAAGACUGGUUCACCAAGAGACAUCACAAAUACCUUCUUCACUCCGACAUCUUCCGCGAACGUCUCCUCCCGCAAAUGACAGCAGGCACCCAUGAGAACUGGGACAACCUUGCCGGCGAUCUUGUCGAAGAUCAAGUCAUCAACACCGUGGGCGAAUGCCGCCAAUUAUGCGAGGAGGACGGGCUGUGUCGUCAAUUCAGCUUCCGCAUGGGCGAGGACCCAGACAAUGAAGGGGAAUUACGACCAGAAUGCCGCACUUUUGAAUCACCACGACUUGGUGUUGCGCGGGAAGGCACAACGUCCGGCUGGAUGAUGACCAGGAUAGAGGUUAUAACGAGGGCGCGAGGGUACUGCCAAGCGCCAGAGUGGGAGUAA